UUUUUUUAGUUUACAAAUUUACAACAGUUAAUACCGCAACAAAGCAGCGUAGUAAGGAGACCUUCAACGAAUUCGAACGUGGCCCAGCGGCGCCAUCAUUUGAAAUCUCCGGCUCGUUGUUCUGUGUUGUGUUGAGCAGCAUUGACGUUUCCUGCGCGUUUUCCUCUAGUUAAAUCGGUUAAAACCCAUUUCGGGGUAGUUAUGGGUGUGCACGACUUGUGGUCCAUCGUCGAACCGGUUCGUGAGUCGGUGCCGCUGUACAGUUUGAGCGGAAAGACGCUGGCAGUUGACCUGAGCUUAUGGGUGUGCGAGGCCCAGCACGUCCAAGCAAUGAUGGGGAGAGUAACCAAACCCCACCUGAGGAAUUUGUUUUUCAGGGUGUCAUCCCUGUCACUCAUGGGGGUGAAGCUCGUCUUUGUGAUGGAAGGAGAAGCCCCUAAACUCAAAGCGGAAACCAUGAGCAAGAGGGCAGAAACAAGAUAUGGAGGAUUCAAAAAGGCUCCUGCCACGAAGUCCACAAAAAGCACCAGCAGGGGGCGUUUUAACGCUGUACUAAGAGAGUGUGCAGAGAUGUUGGACUAUCUUGGUGUGCCGUGGGUGACAGCUGCUGGGGAGGCUGAGGCCAUGUGUGCCUACCUGGACUCACAGGGCCUGGUGGACGGCUGCAUCACUAAUGAUGGGGACGCUUUCUUGUAUGGAGCCCGGACUGUCUACAGGAACUUCAAUAUGAACAGCAAAGACCCCCAGGUGGACUGUUACAGGACCUCCAGGGUACAAACAGAGUUACAUCUCUCCAGAGAGAAUCUUGUAGGUCUGGCCAUUUUCCUGGGCUGUGAUUAUAUUCCGAAAGGCAUACCUGGUGUUGGUAGAGAGCAAGCUCUGAGGCUCAUUCAGAUGAUUAAAGGACAAACACUGCUGCAGAGAUUCAUCAAGUGGAAGGAGGAGAACGCAGGUGUGUUUGAGGGAGUCGUAAAGAAGGUCGCUCACUGCAACGUAUGUCGACAUCCUGGUUCAGCAAAGGCACAUGAACGCGGUGGCUGUGUACUGUGCGACAGCAAACAUUUCUGUCAACCUCAGGAUUUUGACUACCAGUGUCCCUGUGAUUGGCAUCGCUAUGAACAGACGCGCCAGGCCUUGUCCUUUGAGGCAAACAUCAGGAAGAAAACACUUGCAAGUCAACAGUUCCCCUUCACAGAGAUCAUCAGUGAGUUCUUGAUUUCCAAGGAUAAGCCUGUGUCACAUUUCAAAAGGAGGCAACCAAAUAUGCUGUUGAUGCAGAAAUUUGCCCAUGACAAGAUGGAGUGGCCGAAGCACUACACCAGUGAAAAGGUGUUAGUCUUGAUGACCUACGCAGAGUUGAUGAACAGGAAGUAUGGAAGGCAAAUGUGUUCCCAAAUCAAGCCCCUCAGAAUACUGAAACCGAGGGUGAGGAAUGCUGUUGCUUGCUUUGAAAUCAUCUGGAGCACACCAGAACAUUAUGUGUUUCCUGAGGAUUGGCCUUCACAGGAUCAAGGUGAGGUGAGGACGGUGGAGGAAGAGUCUCUCUUCCGUGUGGCCUUCCCAGAGCUGGUGGAGAGCUACCUGAGAGACAAGGCUCUGGCUGAAGAGAAAAAGACCAAAAAGAGGAAGCCAAAGAGCCAAAAGGAGAAGCCUGCUGAUCUGAUCUCAGAUGGUAUUUCAGACCUCUUGGCUCAGAUGACCCUUCAGAGUUCCUCUAACCCUCAACCACAAACGCUACUCCCUACCAGCAUAGAGGAACCAGAAGUGGUGCUCCUGGACACUCCAGUGAACCAUAAACAGCAGCGGAAGACAAAGGAAGACUGCAGCAGUUUGGGUGAUUGCCCAAAUACUCCUCAGUCUCAAGCAGAGUCAGAGCCUGCUGCCUCACCGUCUGUCUCUGCUGUUAUCGACGCUCUACACCUGAGUGAUAUUGACUGGGAGGCUUUAUCCUUCACAUCCUCUCCAUCAGCCACAAACCACAGCACUGAGCCCAGGCUGAGCACAGACAAUGAGGCCAAGGAAACAGAGGGCGAAAAUACCAAGCAGAAAACCUCAUGUGACGUCAAAGAAGGAGACUCCAGAUCAGCACAAGAGUGUUCUCUUAGGGACAGGGUGCUUAUGAGGUCCACAGCUAAAGCUAUAGACCAGAUGGAGAUACCCACUGCUAUGGUCUCAAAACUACUAAACUAUGAAUUGGCCCCUCUCAAACAUGCCUCUUCACAUAACUCAAAAGCAAGUGAACGGAUUGGCAGUAUUUUGUUAGGACAGGACUCUGCUGCUAACAAAAAAGAACCACUCACUGACAGAAGGCAGUGUCCAAAAAAUAAAACAGACACUCACAGUUCAAAGCAGCAGCUCAGGCCUGCACUACAAACUCAAAAUAAGACAAAGGACAAAUGUAAUGGCUCCCAAAAGCCUCCACAGAAAUAUAAAUUUGUCAGAAAAGCCAUUCCCUCAUCGGCUCUCCCACAACAGACGUGCCACUCUGACCCCGAUCGAAGUGACAAAAACGUGCCACACACCACCAAGAAGAGUGUGUGUAUGAGCGUGGGCUCAUCUAGUGAGGAAAGUGAUACAGAGAACCAGCAGCUUGGAGCCCAAAGAAAGGCUAAGAUGAAGCCAGUAAACAAGAUCAAAGCCAGCUCCCUUUCAGAUUUCCCCCUGAAAGCUGUUUCAACCAAACCAACAGCGAAAACCACUCCAGUCAAGAUAUCACAACUAAAAUCUCAGAGUUGCAAUGUAGCUAUUGAGACAAACAGCAUGUCUGUAUCAGCUAAGAGCCAGACUGUCUCACCAGCUGUUGUGAGUGACGAUGUGUUCCUGCAGACUCCAGCGUCACCUGUCACUGUGUUAGAUAGUGAUGAUUCAGUGAUCUGUGGUGAGAGUCCGCUGCCACUGGCAGAGAGGCUGAGACUGAAGUUCCUAAAGUGAGCAGCAUCAUUACAGGACGCUGGACAAGAACAUGUAAGCUGUUUUCAUGUUGAAUGUGAAAGAUUACUCUAAUCCUUAAAAAUCUCAAUUUCUUACUGAUUAUCUUAUUACAGUAGAGCUGCACCAACUAAUCAGUUAGUCAAGUGACAGAGAAUUAAUCUAUAAUUAUUUUUUUAUUUCUGUUGCUUGUGGUCUCUCACUUGAAACAUAACAAAAGACUUAAGAAGUAUGGCAUCAUGGAAGCUGCUGUCUUCAUCGUUUACCAACCAAACCAUUGUCACUGUACAGUGAACAGUGUUCACAGUUGAGGUGAUGUUUCAAAAUGUUCUACCCCUUGUCCCUCUACACUGGACAAAAAAACCCCACUUCAGUUUGAAAACAAUAUGAACAGUUGUUAUAUUUAUUUGCUCCAAUCUGCUUUGAUGAAAACAAAACACCUGGGUUAACACUCUAAUUCUCUCCCCUUGACACGCUGAAGUUAAGGACAUUAGUUUGUUCAUACUUUUCCAUCCAUCUCCGUUCAAACAGCAUUCAGAAAACAUAUACAUUGUCAUUUUGGUGUAAAAAUUAUUUAUGUUGCGCCUUCUUCUUCACUCUCAGACUCUCCUCCGGAAUGAACAAAUGAAAUGCUCCAU